CUCUCUAGUGGCGUUUUUCCCUUCGGUACUUCCGUUUGGAGACAGAAACCAGAUCAAAUUCUCUACUUCGCGUAGCGCUUUCACGGGAGGAUGAAUUGGGAGCUGCAGAAGAUGAAAGAUUUUUCGAAAAGGCAAAAAUUACAUUGACUAGAAACACAGAUUGAAAAUUAAAGGUCUGGUUUGCGUAGAUUGGUUUGUAGGUUCGGAUGAAAAUGGGGCUUCUCAGUAUCAUAAGGAAGAUCAAGAAGAAAGAGAAGGAAAUGCGCAUUCUCAUGGUGGGUCUAGAUAAUUCUGGAAAGACUACAAUUGUGUUGAAGAUUAAUGGGGAAGACACUAGUGUUAUCAGUCCCACACUCGGCUUCAACAUCAAGACCAUUACUUACCAAAAGUAUACUCUUAAUAUAUGGGAUGUUGGGGGCCAGAAAACUAUAAGGUCAUAUUGGAAAAACUAUUUUGAGCAAACUGAUGGCUUGGUAUGGGUAGUUGACAGUUCAGAUCUUAGAAGAUUAGACGACUGCAAAAUGGAAUUGGAUAAUCUUUUGAAGGAAGAGAGGUUAUCAGGCGCAUCCUUACUGAUACUGGCAAACAAGCAAGAUAUUAAAGGCGCCCUUAGUCCGAAAGAAAUUGCUAAAGUUCUGAACUUGGAGGCCAUGGACAAGACACGUGUCACACGUCACUGGAGGAUUGUGGGGUGCAGUGCUUACACAGGAGAGGGGCUUCUUGAGGGAUUUGAUUGGUUUGUCCAGGAUAUUGCCUCUCGAAUUUAUGUGCUCGAUUGAUGCUGCUAUGCCAGUUCGAGCCGUUUGUCAUAUCGAAGAAAUCUCCGAGUGUCAACAGCUGUUAAAUUGAUUUUACAAGGUCUUAAGGCUAUUUCAAGUCUAAUGAGGUCAUGUUUGCCGUGAUAAGCCAACUUUCAAAAUAGAAUUGCGAUGUGCAAAUGAUAAAAUCUGGAGCAUUCUGGAUAUGAUUGAUUUGUUGAGGACGUAUCCCUCCUCAUUUCUCAAUGCAUGGUGUAGUAGAAGUCAAGCACUACUUUCUUCUCUCAGUUGGCAACAUGGCAAAGUAAUAACCUCUCAACUUCAGUUCAUGCAUACUAAACUCUUCAUUAUGGCGUGUUAUUACGAGAGAAAUUCUUGUCAACCUAUUUUUUUUUUAAUUAUUUUUACUAUUGAGAGAUAUUAAAUCGAAGAAAAACAUAUUA